GCAGCACUGGUGGGUGGGCACAGGUGGGUGGCACUGGUGGGCACAGGUGGGUGGCACUGGUGGGCACAGGUGGGUGGCACUGGUGGGCACAGGUGGGUGGGCACAGGUGGGUGGCACUGCUGGGCACAUGUAGGUGGCACUGCAGAGUGGCACAGGUGGGUGCACUGCUGGGUACAGGUGGGGGCACUGCUGGGCACAGGUGGGGGCACUGCUGGGAACGGGUGGGCGGGGCUAGUGGGCGCACUGCUGGGCGGAACUUGCGGGUGUCACUGCUGGGCACCGAUCAUCAGGGCACUG